GGGACCCAAUCAGGGGAGAGGGAGCGUGGAGCCGUUUCCCCAGUCGGAAAGCGGGGUCGUGUUUAAGGCCCGGCUUGAGGCCGACGGCGGUUAAGAGAGCGCUGCUUCAGGGAAGCUGCUUCGAGCCUGGUUAUGUCCGCUCCCAGCCGAUAACUAGGGAGGCUGGCUUUUACUCUUCCGAUUAUGUCCAGUCGAGCAGUCUGGGAACGCGUCCGAGCGAGGGUGCAGCGCUUCCCUGAGCUGCUGGCGAGUUGUGGGGAGCAGGCCUCAGUUUAUGGCAAAUGUGUUGCUUCCAAUACUACUGAACAUGGAAACUUGAAAAAGGAUGUGUGUGCCAAGGAAUUUGCAAUGUUGAUGGAUUGCUUCACAGAGGCUGCAAAAAAGAAUGUAAAGACUUGAAAUGGAUACUGAUGGCAAAUCUGGGAUUUAUAGUUAUUUUCAGCACAGAAGAAUAAAGAACUUUCCAUCUGUCGUUAUAUUGAGGUCCAGAAAUGGAAUAUUUCCCAAUGUGCCAAGAGCUAAUGGCUUUUCAAUUUAUGCAUGUGUGUACUAUAAGCACAUUCUGGAAAACUUUUUUAAAAUGUAAAAUUCAGUGUGUGGGGGUUUUAAUUUAAACAUGGGAUGAGCAGUAUAAUUUUUCAGAGUGGCAAGAGGCAAAGUUCAAGGCUGAGAAUUAUAAAGCCAGAAAAUAUAUAAAUACCAUUUAAUUCAGAUUUUUGUAAUGUUAGAAUUUCUAUUAGCAAAUAUGUCAGGUUCCCUUUGGUAAAAUAUGACAUUAAUAUACCAGCGGCCUUUUCCUAUCAGUGGAAUGUCUGUUAAAUUAGCUACUUAUACCAAUUUUGCCCUGAGGAUUUACUAAUUCCCUUCUUAUUUACAGGAAUAAAAUAAGAUACUCCUGUAGAUCUUGCUUAAGCUACUUUAUAUUGUUAAUUCCAGCUCCUGAAAAUCUGGGGCAAAGAAAGCCCAAAGUGGCCAACUCUCUAACAGUCAUUGGUCAUUUACCCAAAAAUAUCCAGUUAUGGUAUAUAAAAAAUCCUGAUAUUUGCAACUUUGAAUAUUUGAUUUCCCUUUGGAAUAUGAAUUUCCUCACUAAAGCUUUGGGGAAAAAAAUCUAAUCAGUGAAAUUGCCUAAGGACCAAAAUGUGUUUGCGUAUAUGUGCCAAGGUUCCACAGAACAGCUCAAAAUCUGACUAGUAAUAAUAUGAAGAUUGGGACAAAGCUGUUCCUCUUGGUUGACUAGGAACGUUAGGCCUCCAUGUUAAGGUUCCAGACUUUUCUAAAACUCCUAAGGGAUUUGUCGGACUCUGCUCAGAUCUAGAGACAAAUAUCAACUAGAUGGAUUUCUAAAAUGUAACUUUGGUCACAAAACACAAAUGUUUAUCUUUGUAUUGUUUGUGGAAAUAUUAAAUGGAAGCAGUUUGGUCUAGUUAUUAAGGCCCCAGGCUAGAAAUCUGGAAAUUGUGAAUUCUAAAUUGUGCAUUUUAAAUUCUAAAUUGUGAAUUUCACGCCCUACGCAUGAAAGCCAGCUGGCUGAUCUUGGGUCAGUCACUCUUGGCCCAUAAUGUCAGGCUCAGGCAACAAGCUGGUUCAUUGGUCAAUUCCUGUCGCAACCAAUGUACCAACAUUAGUUGAUCUGGGGGGGAAAGGGUGGGGGUGUGUGGAAACACUGCCCUUGUGGGAAAAAAGUUUAUGAAACUAUUAAAUAUCAUAUAUCAGUAUCUUUUACAAAUCUGUCAGUUCAUUAUGACCAUGUCUCAGAAAAUAAUUGGAUUGUACUCUGGCUGGGAACAAGUACAGUAGUUUUCAUGAGGGUGAUUAAUAAUAUUACUUGAAGCUAGUAGUGAGCUAGUUUUGUUGAUGGCAUCCAAAAUGAAACCAGAGUGUAAAAGCUAGAAAAUGCA